UCCCCUGUCUGUCUGCUUGUCUGUCUGUUCCUAUGUCAGUCUGAGUGAGCAUCUAGUUUGCAGAGAGAUAAACCCCUGAUCCUCUUACCACACACACACACACACACUAAGACUUCUGCAGGACGUGGUGUUGGAGCAGCGCAGUGUUCAGAAGUAAACCUGGAGCACUCGGUGUCAUGGCUGUAGAAAUGAGGAGUGUGUGUCAGAUACGUGUGCUGCUGAUGAGUGUGUUGGUGUGUGUCCUGGUGAGUGUGUUUGAUCAGACCCUAUGUAAAAGACACACCAUCAACAGGAGGACAGAUGUUUGUAUGCCCCCCUCCCCUCCCACUCAGCCUGUAGUGGUUGCUUUGUCGGACACGGAACUGGCGUUGUCAUGGCAACAGGGUGAAAGUCAGGGUAGCUCAACUGUGCUCCACUUCCUGGUUGCGUACAUCAGGCCAGAGAUGGACUCUGAGUGGACGAUCAUCCAUGAGCCAGUGGAGUCGAACUCUAUGGUUUUGAAGGGUCUGCUUCCUCACACUGAAUAUCAGUUCAUCAUCAGAUCUGUAAACCAGCAUGGGGUCAGUUACCCAAGUCCAGUCAACCCCCCCAUCCGCACGCUUGCAGGUCCAGGUGAAUUAAGCAGUGGUGAUCAGGAUCUCUACACUGAUGAUGUUGGGUUUGGUGUUGACUCGGAUGAUGAUGUGUUUAUAGAUGAGCUCAGGUUAUUUCCCACCAUGAAGAACCCACGCUCUCAGCUACCAUCACCAAGUGCUGCUCACGGAGAGGUCAUUUACACAGAGAUGCUUCACAACACACCUGUCUUCAAAAACACACCUGUCUUCAAGAACACACCUGAAUACACACCAGUCUUCAAGAACACACCUGUGUGUAAGAACACACCUAAAAACACACCUGAAAACACACCUGAAAACACUCCAGUCUUCAAGAACACACCUGAAAACACACCUGAAAACACUCCAGUCUUCAAGAACACACCUGAAAACACACCUGAAAACACACCUGAAAACACACCAGUCUUCAAGAACACACCUGAAAACACACCUGAAAACACUCCAGUCUUCAAGAACACACCUGAAAACACACCUGAAAACACUCCAGUCUUCAAGAACACACCUGAAAACACACCUGAAAACACACCUGAAAACACUCCAGUCUUCAAGAACACACCUGAAAACACAGCUGAAAAUACACAUAUUUUCAAAAACACACCUGAACUCCAGAACAAUGAUAUGUCAGUCAAUAGAGUCUGGACAUUAAACACCACCACUGCUGGACCUAGCACAGUCCCCACUGUUCUUAAAACAGCUCCUCCCACCACCAGCCCUGUGACCACACCCUGGAAAGGGGUGGAGCCUCGUGUGUACGAUGUGUCAUGCGAUGAGACCGUCUGCCCCCCCAACAGCUUCUGCAGUAAUGACUACAACAGAGGUGGAUCACGAUGUCACUGCAACCUUGGUCUCCAUGGAAACCACUGCUCUGAAGGUGUGUCAAUACGGUUUCCAAGGUUUUAUGGAUUUUCUCACAUGGCAUUUGAACCUCUGAAGAAAUCAUACCAGAGCUUCCAUAUCUCUCUGGAGUUCAAGACGGACUCUGAGGAUGGUCUGUUGUUGUACUGUGGAGAGAAUGAACACGGUCGAGGAGAUUUCAUGUCUCUUGCUCUGGUGCGCAGGAAACUUCAUUACAGGUUUAAUUGUGGCACAGGGGCAGGGCAGAUCAUCAGUGACAGCUCUGUUGUGAUUGGUCAGUGGCACACAGUCACUCUCUUCAGAGACAGAGUUUAUGGCUGGCUCCGACUGGACAAUGAUACCCCUGUGUCUGGUUACUCACUGGGUCACUAUACCAAAAUAACCUUCCACACUCCCCUGUUUGUGGGCGGGGCUCCUAGUGUUUACUGGCUUGUGAAGGCAGUAGGAACCAAUCAGGGCUUUUGGGGGUGUGUCCAGAGCCUGUCAAUAAAUGGGAGACACACUGAUCUGAGACCCUGGCCUCAGGGACAUGCCCUCAGUGGAGCAGACAUUGGUGAGUGCAGUACCAGUGUGUGUGACAAGGUGGUGUGUGAGCACAAUGGCGUGUGUUUCCCAACUCGUGCAGAUAACUACACCUGCCUUUGUCCUCUGGGAUACCGAGGAGUUCACUGUGAGGAGAGCUUCUUGCUGUCUCUGCCCCGCUUCAGUGAGCAUGUGCAGUCGUACGUCAGCGCCCCCUGGCCUCAGCAGCCACACUCCUAUCUUUCCUUCAUGGAGUUCCACAUCACUUUCAAACCCAGCGGUCAGGAUGGAACUCUGCUCUACAGCCAUGACCAGUACAGCCGUGACUUCCUGUCCAUUGUCCUGGUGGGUGGGGCAGUGGAGUUCCACUUCGACUGUGGCUCUGGAGCUGCCGUCCUCAGGAGUGAGCAGCCUGUCAGGUUGAACAUAUGGCAUGAAUUAAGAGUGUCUCGAACGGCUAAAAGUGGAGUCCUGCAGGUGGACAAUCAGCAUCCAGUAGAGGGCAGUGCUGAGGGUGCGUUUACUCAGAUUAAAUGCAGUUCUCCUCUCUACAUUGGUGGAGUUCCUGACUAUGACUCCACAAAAGGCUGCGCUGGAGUGAUCAGACCAUUCAGUGGAGAUAUUCAGAGGAUCACCCUGAAUGACCGUGAGGUUGCUGUGGUGACCGGCCAUGUGGUGGGUGUGAACGUGAUGAACACGCCCCACCCGUGUGUAGAGAACCCGUGUGCUAACGGAGGAACCUGCAGACCCAAACAAGAUGAGUACGAGUGUGACUGUGCACUGGGGUACGAUGGAACACACUGCCAGAAAGAGUGUGGAAACUACUGCUUUAACUCGGUGACUGAAGCAAUUGAAAUUCCUCAGUUCAUGGGCCGCAGUUAUCUGAUAUACAACAGUCAAGAGAUACUUAAAAGGCUGUCUGGUUCCAGAACGAGUGUGUUCUUGCGCUUUAAGAGCUUCUCUAAGGAUGGACUGUUACUAUGGAGAGGAGAGAACCUGGGCCAAGCUCACACUGACCAUCUGUCUAUAGGCCUGCAGAAUGGAGCCCUCAUCUUCAGGUAUGACCUGGGCAGUGGGGCGGGGCUUGUGGUGGUUAAUGGAACCUUCAGUGAUGGAAAAUGGCACAGAGUGAAAGCAGUCAGAGAUGGACAGAGCGGGAAACUGACCGUGGAUGAUUACGGCUCUGAGACUGGACGAUCACCUGGCAGGAUGAGACAGCUCAACCUCAAUGGAGAACUUUACAUAGGUGGGAUGAAGGAGAUUGCUCUUCACACCACUGGUCAGUACCUGGCUGGUUUAGUUGGCUGUCUUUCACACCUCACGCUGUCCAUUGACCAUCACGUGUCUCUGGUUGAGGACGCAGCUGACGGCAAGAACAUUAACACCUGCAGCAACUAACUUCUAACACCUGCUGAAGAUCCUCCUUCUGUUCAGUAAAGAUUUACUGCAGCUCUCACAGCAUGACCAUCUGACUAUGAGUUCAGCACUCAGCCCUCUGAUGUGUACAGUGUCUCUCUCUCUCCCUCUCUCUCUCUCUCUCUCUCUCUCUUUCUCUGUCUGUCUUUCUGUCUGUCUGUCUGUCUGUCUGUCUGUCUCCCUCUCCCUCUCCCUCUCCCUCUCCCUCUCCCUGUCUCUCUCUCUCUCUCUGUCUCUCUCUCUCUCUGUCUCUCUCUGUCUCUCUCUCCCUCAGCGCAGUGUAUAAAUUUGAUGUUGAGGAUUUUGUACAGAUUUUAUUUUCAUGCCUUUGUGUAUAAACAAGUUUACAGUGUGACUUAUUCUCAGUGUUUAGACGUUCUUCUUCUCCGUAUGAGGAGUCUCUCUAUCUCUGGUGUAUUAGAUGUUCUUCUUCUCCGCAUGAGGAGUCUCUCUAUCUCUGGUGUAUUAGAUGUUCUUCUCCUCCGCAUGAAGAGUCUCUCUAUCUCUGGUGUAUUAGAUGUUCUUCUCCUCCACAUGAAGAGUCUCUCUAUCGCUGGUGUAUUAGAUGUUCUUCUCCUCCACAUGAAGAGUCUCUCUAUCUCUGGUGUAUUAGAUGUUCUUCUCCUCCACAUGAAGAGUCUCUCUAUCUCUGGUGUAUUAGAUGUUCUUCUCCUCUGCAUGAGGAGUCUCUCUAUCUCUGGUGUGUUGGGGUGUGUGUUUAAACUCUGUGUUGAAUAAUAGAGUAAGUUUAUUACAUGUGAGAAAAUAUCAACACCUUUUACUGCUUCAUUCAUUUUAUUAAAAUAUCUGUAUAAUGUAAUAGUGUUUGUGUUGUGUCUCUUAAUAUAAACAGAUUUCAAGUCAUGUGGAAGAUAAUGUUCCUUUUCUCACCAGAAACAAAUCUCUAAUGAUUGUCCAUCAGCUGUCCACUUCUCUGCUGCCCAUCAGCUCAGGGAAGGUCAGCACAAUGAAGCAGAGGAAAUAAACAUCUGUACACACAGCAGCUGCUUCUUCCUGAAUAGUUCCAGAGAAGUCCUCUAGAAGUUUUGCAGUUCCAAGGAGCACCAGCAAAAGCCUGUGGGAUCAGUUUCACUGACCAUGCUUGGACAUGGAGCAUCUGCAGUCAUCUCCACAUUUCCUCCUACAUGAGCUGCACUAGGUGUUAUGUCAGAGACCCAGACUGACCACCUAAAGGAUUACAUAUUCAUUCCUGAAAGUCUCCUCAAUGGCGUGUGUGAGGGUGAACUGGACCCUGAGCUUCUACUGAUGUCCAGCUUCAACAUGCAUUCUGCAGCUUUCUGAAACACUGUCAGAUCCACAGGAGAGACAGCAGAAAGGGCACCUGUGGCCCAGGGAGACGUUCUGGAAGAUCUCAGCUUUUAUCAUCACUGUCUCCACCUCAGACAGGAUAGCAGUGGGCAGUUAGCAGUGAAGGGGUAGCUGUUGAAUGUUGACUCAUGAACAAGGUCAGAGUGUGAACUCCUGCCGACAGACAGGAUGGUGAUGCAGAGGGAACUGCUGCUUGUGGGGGUGUGUAAAAUCCUCUGGGGGUGUGAACAAUCCUCCUGGGGGUGUGUUCAAUCCUCUGGGGUGUGUAUAUAUUCUCAGGGGGUGUGUACAAUCUCCUGGGGUGUGUACAAUUCCCAUGAGGUUGUGUCAGUCCAGGAAAAUAGUCCAGACUGGGGUGAUGUGCUGCAUCCUGUGGUGAACUGAUACUCCUCAGAGUUUAGGAUCUGUGUGUAACGGCAUGCACACACACACACACGCACACACUUGCACGCACACACGCACACACAUGCACACGCACACACAUACACACACACACUUGCACGCACAUGCACACACACACACACACUUGCACGCACACACACGCACACACACACACACACACACACACUUGCACGCACACACACGCACACACAUACACACACACACACAUACACACACACGCGCACACACUUGCACGCACACGCACACACACACACGCACACACGCACACACAUACACACACGCACACACACGCACACACAUACACACACGCACACACACACACACACAUACACACGCACACACACGCACACACACACACACACACAUACACACGCACACACAUACACACGCACACACAUGCACACACAUACACACACGCACACACACACACACACAUACACACACACACUUGCACACACACAUGCACAUACACACACACGCACACACAUGCACAUACACACACACGCACACACAUGCACACACACACGCACACACAUAUACACACACAUAUACACACGCACACACACACAUGCACACACACACACACACGCACACACAUGCACACGCACACACAUGCACACGCACACACACAUGCACACACACAUGCACACACACACAUGCACACACACAUGCACACACAC